AUGGCUUCUCUAAAUGUGUCUGCUGAAGAGCUUUCUUGUCCUGUGUGCCGUGAUAUCUUCAAGACUCCUGUUCUUCUGUCAUGUAGUCACAGUUUCUGUAAAGAGUGUCUUCAUCAGUUCUGGAGAACUAAAGAAACUCAGGAGUGUCCUGUCUGUAGGAGACGAUCCUCAAAAUUUGAUCCUCCAGUUCAUUUUGCAUUACAAAACCUGUGUGAAUCGUUCCUGAAGGAGAGAAAAGAGAGCUGUUCAUCAGGAUCUGAGGAGAUCUGCAGCUUACACAGUGAGAAACUCAAACUCUUCUGUGUGGAGGACAAACAGCCGAACAAAAAUUAUUUGAUAAAGAAAAGCAACUUAAUUGAAGAUGGGAAUCCUGCUCGAUACCGUCUGAAAACAAGUACAGAACAUUUGAAACUAUCUGAACCAUAUAGAAAAAUGACCUUUGGAGUGAGAGAUAGAAGAAAGCAACAUAAAGUCAUUCUGCUGGUGGGAGAAACAGGAACAGGAAAAACAACCCUGAUCAAUGUGAUGAUCAACUACGUGUUGUGUGUUCAGAGAGAAGACAAGGUUUGGUUUGAGAUCACAGAUGAUCAGAGUGAACAUCGAUCUACAGUUCAUAGUCAGACCACCAGCAUCACUGUUUAUGAGUUUAAUCUACAAGAGAGUCCAAUCGAUUUAACAAUCAUCGACACUCCAGGAUAUGGAGACACAUGUGGAGUUGAUCUUGAUAAACAGAUUGCUGAAGGUUUGUACAGUUUAAGUGCAUCUGCAGAAGAGAUUCAUGAAAUAGAUGCAGUGUGUCUGGUGAUUAAUUCAACCCACAACCGACUCUCUGACAGACAAAUCUACAUAUUUGAUGCUGUUCAGUCUUUGUUUGGGAAAGAUAUUGCUGAAAACAUCAUCUUACUCUUCACACACUCAACUGGAGCUCAUCCUAAAAAUGCUCUGACGGCUGUUAAAGAGGCUAAAAUCAGGUGUGCAGUGAAAGACAAGAAACAGCCAGUGUUUUUCCUGUUUGACAACUGUCAGUCAGACUCUGCUGAAGAUGAAAAACAAAGAAAGAUACAGGAGCAAUCAUGGGAUCGCAGUUUUAGUGGAAUGGAACAAUUCUUCAAGUUUCUUAACACAAUAAAACCAAAAUCCUUGAAGAUGACUCUAAAUGUGUUGAAGGAUCGGAAGCAGUUGGAGGCAAAUAUUUCUAAUCUACGAUCACAAGUUCAAAUGAUGGAACUGAAGCAGAAUGAGCUGAAACAAACUCAAGAAGCUCUGGAGAAAAACAAGAAAGAUGUAAAAAAAAACAAAAACUUUGAGUAUGAAGUUGAAGUGACCUACAAAGAGAGGGUUGAUAUUGAUCCUUCUAAAGCAAGGGCGGCGAUGUGCUGCACCGUCUGUGAGGAGAACUGUCAUUAUCCAGGAUGCUGGUGGGGCUGUGGUUUCUCAUGGUGCAGCGUGAUGAAAGAUGAUCACUGUACAGUGUGUACUAAUAAAUGCAGCUACAGUAAACAUGUCAGAGAAGCAAAAAUAUAUGAAACAAAGACAAGGACAGAAAAGAAGACUUUUAAAGAUUUAAAGAAGAAAUAUGAUGGUAAGAUUAGGGAUGGCGAGUCUGUGAUCAAGAAGCUGGAAGAAGAACUGCAAGAUUUAAAGAACAAGAAAACAAAGCUGGUGAUAGAAGCUUUUCACUGUGUUGAAACUCUGCAGAUGAUCGCACUCAACACUGAUUCACUGCUCACACUUCAGCACAUUGAUUUUCUGAUUGAGAAGAUGAUGGAGAUAAAUGAACCUGAAAAGGCCAAAACACUGGAAAACAUCAAGAAGAGAGCAGGAGAAGAAAAACUAGGAGCAAUUGGAUACUUAACAAGAUUGUAA